AUGCCAAUCAAUAUACUUCCCAAAGUCCUGUUCUUCGACGUAUUCGGAACCGUUGUGGAAUGGUGCCCGUCCGUCACAAGAGAGUUGAAAGACGCCGCUGAGCGCGCCCUUCAUGAUCCCGGCAAGCCUAUUCCUCCAGACGAACGCGCACGGGUCUCACAGAUGACCUUCACAGACUGGCUCUCAGUUGCGGAAGAUUGGCGACAGUCCUAUGGACAGUUUACUGCCAAGUUUGACCCUUCCCAAGGCUUCGUUUCGGUCGAUCAGCACCAUUAUACUGCUCUGUCCACACUACUCAAGCAACGGAAGAUCGAGAACCUCUUCACAGAUAGCGAGAAGUGGGAUCUGUCGCUCUGCUGGCACCGACUUGUUCCGUGGCCAGACAGCGUGCGAGGCCUGGAACUGUUGAGCCGGAGGUUCCGCACGUGCACUCUGUCAAACGGCAACGUCUCUUUACUAGAGGAUCUCCAGCGCUAUGGCUCCUUGCCUUUCACGGAUAUAGCCAGUGCAGAGAAUUUUGGGGCGUAUAAACCCUCUCCUCAGGUAUAUCGUGGGGCAGCCGCCCGCUUCGAUCUAGACCCCAGUCACUGCGCCCUGGUGGCAGCCCAUCUCUCAGACCUGAAGGCCGCCAAAGCACAAGGUUUUCAGACAAUAUACGUUGCGCGUUCUAAAGAAGAGACAGAAGAUUUAUCUCAGGCAAAGCAAGAGGGAUAUUCUACCGUCACGCCGACGCCGAUGGACACUUUCGGCGUAAAGCUUCGGUCUUUCGCUCGUCCGUGUCCAGUGAUCCUGCAGCUAAAUUUCCUGCCGAAAAAGACCGCUAUGUCUUAUACUUGGGGCCUCGAGGAGAUUAUCCAGCUGGUGGUUUUGGAUCCUGAGCUGGGGCCCGAUGGGUGGUUCUUCUCAGGUCGCUGGGGUUCAGCAGAGAAAGAUCCUCUUUACGGGUUCACACAGCUAAGACAGCUAUAUUUCAAAGCAGAUCCGGCGUACGAAGGGCGAUACACCAUCCCGGUACUGUGGGACAAGAAGGAAGGGACAAUAGUAAAUAAUGAAAGCAGCGAGAUUAUCCGGAUGUUCUAUACCGAAUUCGACCAUCUACUUCCAGAUGAGUUGCGUGAAAUCAACAGGCCGGGUGGAGGGUUCUACCCUCAGCCUUUGAGAAAAGACAUUGAUGAAAUGAAUGAAUGGGUGUACCAUCAGAUCAACAAUGGGGUAUACAAGACAGGGUUCGCAACCACACAACAAGCCUACGAGGAGAAUAUCUACCCCUUAUUCGAGGCGCUAGAUCGUGUCGAAAACCACCUAGCGCAGCCCGGACACCAGCCAUAUCUAUUCGGCGAAAACAUAACAGAGGCUGAUAUUCGCCUGUAUACAACAAUCGCCCGGUUUGAUGUGGCCUACUAUCUCAUCUUUAGAUGCAACCUCAAGAUGAUACGGCAUGAUUAUCCACGAAUCCAUGAUUGGUAUCGUCGGUUAUACUUCGACGAGUCUACCCGGACGCGGGGGGGUGCCUUUAAGAAGACAACAUAUUUUGACAUUUACAAAUUUGGCUACCUCAAGGCAAUUGGCAAACGGACGGGCAGCUCGCAGUUGAUCAUCCCGGCUGGUCCGUCACCAGACAUCUUGCCACUGGAGGGUCAGUAG